UGGCGCCUGCGCAGAAGGACAAGGAAAUUGGUUCCCUCUGCGGUCCCAGCGCCUGCGCGCUGCGGGCUCCGGGCCUCCCGGCCUGAGGGAGAGAAGCCGGGAAGAUGGCGGCCGUGGUGGAAAAUGUAGUGAAGCUCCUUGGGGAGCAGUAUUACAAAGAUGCCAUGGAGCAGUGCCACAAUUACAACGCCCGCCUCUGUGCUGAGCGCAGCGUACGCCUGCCUUUCUUGGACUCACAGACGGGAGUAGCCCAGAGCAACUGUUAUAUCUGGAUGGAAAAGCGACAUCGGGGUCCAGGAUUGGCCUCUGGACAGCUGUACUCUUACCCUGCCCGGCGCUGGCGGAAAAAGCGGCGAGCCCACCCUCCUGAGGAUCCAAGGCUUUCUUUCCCAUCUAUUAAACCAGACACAGACCAGACCCUGAAGAAGGAGGGGCUGAUCUCUCAGGACGGCAGUAGUUUAGAGGCUCUGUUACGCACCGACCCCCUGGAGAAGCGAGGCGCCCCCGAUCCCCGAGUUGAUGAUGACAGCCUGGGCGAGUUUCCUGUGACGAACAGUCGAGCACGGAAGCGGAUCCUAGAACCAGAUGACUUCCUGGAUGACCUUGAUGAUGAGGACUAUGAAGAAGACACUCCCAAGCGUCGGGGCAAGGGGAAGUCCAAGAGUAAAGGUGUGGGCAGUGCCCGUAAGAAGCUGGACGCUUCCAUCCUGGAGGAUCGGGACAAACCCUAUGCUUGUGACAAUAGUUUCAAACAAAAGCAUACCUCGAAAGCGCCCCAGAGAGUUUGUGGAAAACGUUACAAGAACCGACCAGGCCUGAGUUACCACUAUGCCCACUCCCACUUGGCUGAGGAGGAGGGCGAGGACAAGGAAGACUCACAGCCACCCACCCCCGUUUCCCAGAGGUCCGAGGAGCAGAAAUCCAAGAAGGGUCCUGAUGGAUUGGCCCUGCCCAACAACUACUGCGACUUCUGCCUGGGGGACUCCAAGAUCAACAAGAAGACAGGACAGCCCGAGGAGCUGGUGUCCUGCUCUGACUGUGGCCGCUCAGGGCACCCGUCCUGCCUCCAGUUCACCCCCGUGAUGAUGGCAGCGGUGAAGACCUACCGCUGGCAGUGCAUCGAGUGCAAGUGCUGCAACAUCUGCGGCACCUCCGAGAACGACGACCAGCUGCUCUUCUGUGAUGACUGCGAUCGUGGCUACCACAUGUAUUGUCUAACCCCGUCCAUGUCUGAGCCUCCUGAAGGAAGUUGGAGCUGCCACUUGUGUCUGGACCUGUUGAAGGAAAAAGCUUCCAUCUACCAGAAUCAGAACUCCUCUUGAUGUGGCCACCCCCGACCCCUCAUACAUCUAGGGCUGUUUCUCUCCUCCUCUCUUGUUUUUCAUACCCACUUUCCCUUCCCCCUCUCUUUCUCAAGUCCAGAGAAUCGCAGGGUGGUCAUGCCAACCUGCCUUUGGCAGCAGCAAGCUAAGGUGGUAGCUCUGACCACCUCUGGCCCCAGGCCCUCAGCGAGAACGGAGCAGCACACUGCCCCAGGGCAUAGCUGUGGGCCCAGCUUCUCCCUGAAGAGCAUUCA